CAAUGCUCUGUGGUGUUUUUGUGAACUUGAACAUUCGAAUUUCGUUGGGUGUUAGCAUUUUUUAGCUAACACUUUUUAAUACAAUCUUGAUUCUUUCUCCACCUUAAUAUGAAUUUAAAAGUAAAAUGCUCUUGCUUGCACUGCGGUUUCACAGCUACGUUGAAUUAGGACCACGGUAAAGCUUACUAACGAUGUGUGUUUAUCAGUACAUGGGCGCGUCAAAUAUGCAGUCUGCUAAAUGGAUUACAGUCAGCCACCAAAGCUUCAGAGUGAAGCUGAAUGAAGCGAUCAUGUUAUGAUAAAUAAUAGCUCCCAGUUUACGUCGAUGUUCGUGUUUGUGAAUGUGAGAGUGUCAGUAACCACACGGAUUAAAAUAACCACUUAGCGCGACUAUGUCGUAGCCUCAGUAGGACAUCACUGGAUUGGAACAGGUGGAUGAUGGAACCGUCUGAAGGGACCAUUGAAGGGCCCCACGGUUCCAGCGGUGGUGAUCCUUCUGGUCAACGGAUCCCGGCAGAUUCGCAAAAUCUUGGACAACUCGCGGCUUUUCAGGAGAAAGUGCGUCUUGCAGCCAACGCUUGCGCACAGGCGGAUUUUCCCCUGGCUGUCAAACUCUAUGGGGAGGCUCUACAGAUUGACCCGAGGAAUCAUGUGUUAUAUAGCAAUCGGUCUGCAGCCUACAUUAAGCUGGGCCGAUAUCAGCGCGCACUGGCUGAUGCGGUACGAGCUCGUGAGCUCAGUUCUACAUGGCCAAAGGCCUAUUACCGGGAAGGCGUGGCCCUUCAACAUCUCAAUCGACACUCCGAAGCCUUAGCUGCAUUUGCUUCCGGACUCAGCCAGGAUCCGAAGUCGGAGCAAAUGCUUGAGGGCCUUAUUGAAGCUGCCUUAAGUUCCCCAAUGGCGGCAUCGUUCGAACCAACCUACCGGCAGCUUCAAGCGAUGCGUCUGGAUCGGCAUGCGUUCGUGAUCACCUCUGUGAUUGGCCAGGAACUACUAGGAGCUCACGAGUUUGCCCCAGCUGCGAUCGUCCUCGAAGCAGCUCUCGUGGUAGGAUCAACUUGCGCACCAGAACUUAGAGGAUCGGUGUUAUCCGCACUGAGUUCGGCUUUCUGGGCGCUCAACGACAUCGAUAAAGCAUUAUCUUAUAUGCAGCAAGAUUUGGCUGUAGCUACAGCAACGGGAGACACCUCCAGCAAAUGUCGAGCGCACUCAAACCUUGGGUCAGCAUUUUUCUCCAAGGGAAUGUACAAAGAAGCUCUUCAAAGUCACAAGGCUCAACUCGUAUUAGCCAUGAGGCUAAAAGACACCAUGUCUGCGGCUCAAGCGUUGACCAGUUUAGGUCAUGUCCAUACAGCCCUUGGGGACCUGCCAAUGGCCCUAGCUAGCCAUCAACAGUGUGUCCAACUAGUGGCAGAGCUAGGCAAUCGAAUAUUAGAGGCUAGGGAGACCAGCAACGUGGGGGCUGUAUAUCUUGCUAUGGGAGACUUCGACAACGCUUUGCAGUGCUACCACACCCAUUUAUCUAUUGCAUUAGCUCUUAAUGAUCGCGUCGAAGAAGCUAAGGCUUAUUCGAAUUUAGGGUCGGUUCAUCACCGCCGCCUGGAGUUUGAACGUGCCGCCUUCUAUCAUGCAGAAGUACUGCGAAUCAGUGAAGAGCUACAAGAGCGUUCAAUAGAAGCGCGUGCCUGUGCCGGGUUAGGUCAUUCUGCGAGGGCUAUAGGAGACUUCCAAGGCGCGAAAAAAUGGUACGAAAGGCAAUUAGACCUAGCACUCUCCACCAAAGACCGCGCCGCAGAAGCGAGGGCGCUUUCGAACCUAGGAGCAGUGUUUCAUUUGAGUGGAGAUUUUGAUGCGGCUCUGAAACUUCACCAACAGCAUUUAAGGUUGGCACGAAACCUAGGUGAUAUAACGGCCACUGGACGGGCACUUGGCAAUAUCGGCAAGGCAUACGCCGGACAAAGAUGCCAUAAGCAAGCAAUUAAAUUUCACAAAGAAGAGCUACGCGUGGCUCGUGAAAUGGGGGACCGGGCCGCUGAGGGGUCGACCUGCGGACAUCUGGCAAUGGCGUAUCAGGCGUUGGGUAUGCAUGAACAAGCCCUCCAGCACCAUCAUGGGCAACUGAACAUUGCCAGGGAGAUGAAUGAUGCACCUAGUGAAGCAUGCGCUCUGUGCAAUUUGGGCUGUUGUUACAGUGCCAAAGGAGAAUUCUUCCAAGCUAUUCCUUAUUACGAAAAUUUUCUACGGCUGUCCCAGGAGCUUGGAAAUUUAGACAAUGAAACCAAAGCGUGCCAUUUUCUGGGUUACGCGCAUUUCUGUUUGGGAAAUCAUGCUGACGCCAUUAGUUAUUAUGAGCGCGCCCUUCAACUUUGUGGUGACGUUUGUGCUGAUUCGCCAAGCACUAUAUCGGGCUCAUCACCAGAGACAACGAUAUCUAAUGUGGAGCCCUCUUUGAGGCGGCUUAAGAAUAUACAAAACAAUGAGAGUCGGCAAGACCUCAGUAGGGCUUACUGCAAUUUAGGCCUAGCGAAGGCUGCCGUGGGCGACUUCCAAGCGGCCCUAGAUUGCCAACGACGUUUCCUUACUAUCGCUCAAGUUUCAAGGGACAUACAGGGUAAAUUUCGAGCUCUUGGCAACAUAGGAGACGUCUUCAUGCGGAUGGGCAAUGGACAAGAAGCCGUUAAGGCAUAUCAGAAACAACUCGUUCUUUGCCGGGAAGAAUUUGACGCAUCGUUGAAACAUCUCGAGGCAAAUUCAUAUUCAGCUUUAGGUGCGUGUCACCGGCAGAUGAAGGCCUUUGAUCGUGCGUUAGGUUUCCAUGCUCAGGAACUACAGAUCUACAAAGAACUGGGUAACCUGCAAGGCGAAUGUCGAGCUCAGUCGAGUCUGGGAACGACGCACGUAGGUUUAGGGAACUACGCCGAAGCUCUAAGAUGUUUCCAAGCUCAACUAGAGAAAGCCAAGGAAUUGAGAAGUGCUGCCCUUGAAGUACACGCCCUGACUAAUGUUGGUGGAAUGAGAUUAAAGCUGGGCCAUUUUGAUGAGGCCCUUGCCAUGUUCGAACGACAAGCUCACCUACUAGAAUCGAUGGAGGGGCCAAAUAUAGUUCUAGAGCGAGCAAGAACUUGUGGUCAGCUAGGAGAAUGUUAUCUAGGUCUUGGAGAUUUUAAGGAAGCAAUAGAACGUUUUCUACAAUUUCUGCGAGCUGCGUUAAGGUUAAACUCAGCCAAGGACAAAGAACGGGCGUAUAAGGGUGUUGGUAAUGCCUAUUUAAGUAUCAACGACUUCCAGCAGGCACUUAUGUAUUUUGAGAAAAGGCUGGUUGUCGCGCAUGAGCUAGACGACUCGUCGAUAAAGUGCGGGGCUUACGGAGAUCUCGGUCGACUGCACGGCGAAAUGGGACAUUUUGCUCAGGCACUAUCUUGUCUUGAGCACAAAAUGCGUGUAGCGCAAGACAGCGGUGAUGAGCUAUCGCGUGCGGAAGCGGCCGCUUUCCUUGGAAACGUCUACGUAAAAAUGGCCGAUUUCGAUAGAGCCAUUGAGUGUCAUCGUCUUGAUCUCAGCAUCUCGGAGCAAGAGAUCAAGGACCUUCGAGGACAGACUCGCGCGCACGGUAAUUUAGGAAACACAUUCGAAGCCAUGGCUUGCUUUGAACAGGCGAUUGCUCACCAUGAAAAGCAUCUUGAAUUGGCGUCCAGACUUAAAGAUAAGGCCAGUAAGGCAGUAGCCUAUACCAGCCUCGGCCGUAUUCACCACGCUCUUGGGGCUCUGGCCAAAGCCACCGAAUAUCUCCAACAGGGUCUGGCGAUGGCGGAGCAGCUUGGAAAGCAAGACGAGGAAGCUACCAUUAGGAGAAGAUUGGCGUUCGCAUUAUGGGCCCAAGGCGAUUUGCGUGGCGCAUGCCAGGAGCUCGAGAAAACCGUCGAUCUCCUCGAAGCCAGCCGAUAUACAUCUCAAAGCGAAAGCGAUCAAAAGGCAACAUACGUCGCACUCCAACGCGCACAAGUUUUGUUAAGCCGGCAUGAAGCAGCUCUAACUACCGCCGAGCGACUUCGAGUUCGUUUCGAGCGAGUGUCUCGCUAUGAGCGUGAUUCAUCACACGCUUUCCCUUGCUCACAAUUAACAGCCGAAUUAAUCGUGGACGCUGUUGACCGACAGAAGGCCGCUGUGAUAUACUAUAGCGAUGUUGCGGGAAUUCUCUACUCGUGGCUAAUCAUACCGCAGAAGGGUGUCGUCAAAUUUGCAGAAACCGUUACCAGCGAAGCCGUGCAAGCAUCUGAUUUAAACGUUCCAAAUGCCGAAGGCCGAUUCCCGGUUGAUACUGACGACGAUACCAUUGCUCGUCACCUUGCGAGUCUUCGGGAAGGCCUUGGGGUCGGGGUGGACAGCUUAAGCUCAACGAAAUCAGAUGACGAAGGUACAGAAUCCGAUUCUGAAGUAUUUGGGAGAUUACGGCGGAAUCAUCUGUUGAAUAGCUCUAGCUAUAGUCUCAGUAGUGUGUUCUCCGUUGGAAGCGUCAGUGUAGCGUCAGCGUCAACCAGGCCAAUUGACAGUAGUAGUUCCAGCAGCAGCCGGUCACCGAGACCGCACUGGACAGGACCCCCAGCGUUGCAUGCACUUUACGACAUUCUCGUCGCACCGUUCAUGGAUCAGCUUGCCGGGGUGCACGAAAUAGCCAUUGUGCCUGACGCGAAACUAAAUCUCGUGCCAUUUGCCAUGCUUCGUGGUGAAGAUACGGGGUAUCUUGGAGAACGUUUCUUGCUGACAAACGUUCCAUCAAUUGCUGCUAUACGAAGUGGACAGAGGGCGAAAAUGCUCCGAAGGCAAGAUAACGAUGAGACAGCCAAUAUGGCGCUUGUCGUUGGAAACCCGCGGCUAACGCCUGGAAUGCAGAAAAUGCUCGAUUUAGGCGAUAUUCCCCGUGCUCAUGAAGAGGCCGAACUGGUCGGUGAGGUGCUUACGGCCAAGCCGAUGUUGGGACUUGAAGCGACCAAGGAAGCAGUUAUGAAUCAGCUUUCUGCGGCAACGGUGAUCCACAUCGCAGCUCAUGUCUCUUGGAGGCUACCGGGAAUCGUUCUGUCUUUAGGUAGUAAUGUGCUAGAAGGCGAACAUCCGUACUUGGCCGCAGAAAAUGCUGAAGAUGAAGAUGAAGAGGAUAUGCCAUCAUCGAGCGAAUUCUUGCUAACACCACAAGAUCUUAUGACUCUUCAUCUUCGCGCCAAGCUUGUCGUGUUGAGUUCAUGCCAUACGCGAUCGGAGCAUGGCGAGAUUCGCGGGGAAGGAUUCAAUCAAAUUACAAGGGCGUUUCUUGCUGCAGGGGCGCAAUGUGUUAUUGUAUCGCUAUGGCCCGUAGCUGACACUGCUGUUAAAAUCCUGUACCGAACGUUUUAUUCAUCACUGCUUCAGGGCUCGAAGGCAGCAGCGGCCUUAGCUGAAGCAAUGAGGACUAUUCAGACAACAAAACAGUUUGCACAUCCCGCCAACUGGGCUGGUUUCGUGCUUGUAGGCUCCAAUGUUCGUGUCGCUUAUCAGGUGGCUGCCAUGGGCCAGGCGUUAGCAGAGAUGCUUCGCUACCCGGAAAGAAGCCGCGACGCUCUACGAGUAUGUCUUCAUCUAGUAGAAAAAUCGCUACAAAGAAUUCAUCGGUGCCAAAGAAAUGCAAUGUAUACGACGCAGAAGUCCAUCGAGAAUAAGGUAGGCACAGCUGUAACUGGUUGGAAGGAACUGCUCAUAUCGGUUGGCUUUCGUUUUGAACCGGCUGCGAACAAUCUACCGGCCGCAGUUUUCUUCCCACAAUCAGACCCCGGCGAUCGGCUCAAUCGAUGCAGUUCGAAUCUGCAGGCCCUUUUAGGACUAUCGGUUCAAACUCAAUCCGCUAUUGCAAAGCUUAUGUCCAAUGGAGAUUAUGUUGAUGACAUCGUACAUCUGAUGCGUGAGGUAGUUUCACAGUUGGAACGCAGCCAUCGAGGACAGGACGGAGGCGUUGAAUGUCCGGUAAGCGUGAAACUAUGGAGUGUUCCGGGAUGCCACGAACUCCUUGCGUCCCUUGGAUUCGAUCUGAUGGAAGUUGGAGUUAAUGAGGUGACGCUUCGUAUGGGCAAAUCGGCUGACUCGCGCACGAUCGAAUUCGCUCUGCAAGCCUUGCUGGCCCUUCUCGAUCCCAUUGAUUCACAGGAUGAGACCCACAGUGUUCAGGAUCCCGACGCCAGCGAACACAGUGAUGACGAUUCCCUUGAAAGUCACGCAUCACUUCAGGCCGAGCCACCAGCCGAAUUUAAUCAAGGACCGCAAGCUGUGGUACGUCGCAGCCGUGUGAUCAGUGCAGGCGACGGGGCAUUCACACACUUCGUAAGAACCCGGGGAGAACCUGAUGGGCUGAGUGCUACUGUGCCAGGAGCGGAAAUCGAAAAUAUCGCUGAUGAGAAAAGACUCAAAAGCAGCAAGUCCAUAUGGAGUAAUAAAAGUGCUUCACAACACAUCUACGCUUCAGCAAGCUCCCAUAGCAGUGCCAGUAAUCAGAUCGAUGAGGAAGAAGGCAUUCAGCCACGUUUUGAAGCUUUUACAAUCAGUGCCAAUGGUAACCCAAAACAAAAGCCGGCAAUGUCGGCAACUACUCUCAAUGAUAUCUACCAUGAAACACGAAGUUCUAUGGGUUUGGGAUUAGCCCCAUCACUCCUCAAUAUCCUGCGAAACGAUACGCAUUAUUCCAAGGUUCCCCCACCUCAGCAGGCUUUGCGCCAAGAACUGCUACUGUCUCCCGCCAGACCUGAAGCUGAUUUUGGGGGAAACUGUGGCGUUCCCCCAGAACCGCCCCGUAUUGCUCGACCGCCUCCGCCACCCUUACCACUAACUGUUGCGCCUCGAAUUGCAGAUCUAGAGCGACCUAGAGCGGCCUUAAGAAACCUGCAGCAAAAUGAUUCGAACAAUAACAGCAACAACAAUGCCAACUACGCCACCAAUAUCCCAAAAACCGAAGAAAACUUAAUCCAACCUGGGUUUUUAAGAGCAGCAACAAACGUCAAGCGAAGAUCUGCUACCUUCAAUGCGGCUAGCAGCUCAACAAAAGGCAAGGAUAGCCUUGUCUGAGGUCACUGUAUAAAUACCGAUUAGAACUAUUCAGACAUAACGGUUGUUCUGAAUCUAUUUUUAUCUGCUCAUAAGCAUUGCGCAAGUGUCACUUUAUCUCGUAACGUUUACUCGUAGAUCUGCGCCUAACGGUCAAAUUCCGGUGAGAGUAAACUAAAAUCCUUGACUCUCAUUCGUGAACACGUGGCAUCGAGAAAGAGCUUUUUAGAACAGGCCUAUGUAAGUUUUAGACAGUUUUGUCAGACUGUAAACGUGAGAUUCAAAAGAUUAUGUGAAACUUAUAUAUACUGUACGAUAACAAAUGUAUGUAAGUUAUAUGUUAGCUAGAAAAUAUCGUUACUUAAUGCUAGAAAAGUUGUCGCGGAAUAAACAAAAUAGACGUGCGAUUAGAUAAACGCAAUCAAUUACCUGUCAAUUCU